CCGCCAUAAAAAAAAAUCCACAGAAGAAGAAGACGAAGAAGAAAAAGACAGCUGCUGCUUUACUAAAUUUCUAAAGUAUACCUAGUUGUUACAAACAUGGACAACUCUGGAAAAGAGAAGGAAGCCUCGGCUCUGAUUGCUGAGGCUGAAAAGAAACUGAAAUCGUCUCAGUCGUUUUUUGGGGCGUUGUUUGGAGGCUCAUCCAAGAUGGAGGAGGCCUGUGAUAUGUACGCCAGGGCUGCCAACAUGUACAAGAUGGCGAAGAACUGGUGUGCUGCAGGUAACGCGUUCUCGCAGGCGGCCCGUCUCCACCUGCAGAUGCAGAGUAAACACGAUGCUGCUACUAACUUCAUAGACGCUGGAAACGCCUUCAAAAAAGCUGACCCGCAAGAGGCUAUCAACUGUCUGAACCGAGCCAUCGAGAUCUACACGGACAUGGGACGGUUCACCAUCGCAGCCAAACAUCACAUCUCCAUCGCAGAGAUCUACGAGACGGAGCUGGUGGACAUCGAUACGGCUAUAGCUCACUAUGAACAGGCGGCAGACUACUACAAAGGAGAAGAGUCCACAAGCUCUGCUAACAAGUGUCUUCUGAAGGUGGCCGUCUAUGCAGCUCAGCUGGAGCAGUACCAGAAGGCCAUAGAGAUCUAUGAACAGGUUGGGACCAAUGCGAUGGACAGCACACUGCUAAAGUAUAGCGGCAAGGACUACUUCUUCAAGGCAGCUCUCUGUCACUUCUGUGUGGACAUGCUCAAUGCCAAACUGGCCUUACAGAAGUAUGAAGAAAUGUUCCCUGCCUUCUCAGAUUCUCGUGAAUGUAAACUGCUGAAGAAACUUCUAGAUGCGUGUGAAGAACAGAAUGUUGAUGUAUAUACUGAUGCAGUGAAGGAAUAUGACACUAUCUCUAGGUUGGACCAGUGGCUGACCACUAUGCUCCUCCGCAUCAAGAAGACUAUAGAGGAAGACGAGAGUGACCUGCGUUAAUGGUCUUGAUGUCACUAGACACCUAACCCCCCCCCCAGACCCCCUAUACCCCCUAGGGCUGUUAAAGUGACCGUAUUACCACCUCCCCAGCAGUCACCAGUCAUGAUUGCAGUCAAAUUCCACAUGAGUCAAGGUAACUAGGCUUCUCCCCAAACGACGCUGUGUUGCCGCCGAUGGUAAUUGGUACUCGGCGCUCUAUUGUCCCUGUAAUCACUCAAUGCAAAUACAGCGGAGAAUCAAAUCAAACACUUCCUGAGAGCCCUGGCAGUCAGAGUUAGGCGGAAUAGGAUCACCUGAUCAACCAGCCAGCUCCUCAUAGCUGGUUGAUGCAUGGAGUUAAAUAUGUGCUCCUGGCGGGUCAACAUUUCUACAGCCUACACUAUGCAAUGGCCUCUAUUAAAAAGAGGAGGAUCCUAUCAGCUUUCUAUAGGCCUACUAUAUUUAUUUCUCAACUUUCCUAAUAAGAAGCACAUUGCUUUGCCUUACGACCAGAGUAGCCUACCUGGCUGUCAUGAAAAAUGAACCAUGGGAAAAGCGUCCUCCAUUUGCCAUUCAAGUGCAUACAGAUGACUUUAUUAAAAAAUAAAUAAUAAUAAUUGCCCGUUCAGACAGGUGCAUGAUAAUGGCCCAUUCUAAAUCAGAACUCAUUUCACACACAUUAUUUAGUAUUUGUAAAGACAAAAUUAAACGGAAAAUAGUCUGAUGGGUGAAAAUAUUGUCACUUGGGAAUGAUGCCAAAAUUAUUAUUAUUAUUAUUAUUAUAAAAAUGAUUCAUUAAUAAUUAAUUUAUGGUGUAGGCUAUAUUAAACGGAUUUAUUAGACUUUUUUAAAAUGGAGACAUUCCAAUAGGAGCACGACAACGAUGGCGUGUCGUCCCGGAGAUGCUUAACGUGUUUAUCUUCAUUAACGGUCAAUUUGGCGUGAGACCCGACAGUUAUUUGCAUGACAGUUACCAGUUGACAAAAUGUAAUGACCGUCACAGCUCUACCCCAGGGUUUCCCAAACUCGGUCCUCUGGACCACAAGGGGAGCAUGUUCGGUUUUGCCCUACCACUACACAGCUGAUUUAAAAAAAAUAAAUAAAAUGUAAAACCAACUAAGCAUCCAGCCUUAAUCAUUUUGAAUGUGCUGUGUAGUGCUAGGGCAAAAACCAAAUAGUUUAGGGAACCGAGUUACGGAAAAGCUGCCAUACCCCCCCCCCCCCCCCCCCCCCCCUGUUGCCUCAGGCACUACACACAGGCGUCUGCUCUUCUCCUUACUCUUGUGCCUUUUUUAACAGCAGAUAGCUCAUCUUGCCUUUGCAGUGUGUAUCUCUUCUCGCCUUUGCAGUGUGUAUCUCCUCCUCAUCACCCCGGUGUUGAUCAGUCAUCAACGCAGGUCCUAGUGCCUCUCCUGUUCCACAGACCCACGGUCGGUGUUUUACAGAGCUAGCCUCUCCUGUUCCUCAGACCCACGGUCGGUGUUUUACAGAGCUAGCCUCUCCUGUUCCACAGACCCACGAUCGGUGUUUUACAGAGCUAGCCUCUCCUGUUCCUCAGACCCACGGUCGGUGUUUUACAGAGCUAGCCUCUCCUGUUCCACAGACCCACGGUCGGUGUUUUACAGAGCUAGCUUCUCCUGUUCCUCAGACUCACUGUCGGUGUUUUACAGAGCUAGCUUCUCCUGUUCCACAGACCCACGGUCAGUGUUUUACAGAGCUAGCCUCUCCUGUUCCACAGACUCACCGUCGGUGUUUUACAGAGCUAGCCUCUCCUGUUCCACAGACCCACGGUCGGUGUUUUACAGAGCUAGCCUCUCCUGUUCCACAGACUCACGGUCGGUGUUUUAAAGAGCUAGCCUCUCCUGCUAAACAUGGUGCAAAACUGUACCACCGGCAGUGAUAGCUGUGGUCAUCUGUCCACUGCAGACGCUAAGGAACACUAACCUGUAGACUGUACCAUGGUGGGAGAGUUAUUACAGAAUGCCUUCACAAUGAAACCAGCCAAUCAUGAGGUGCUGUGGACUGCACACUACGAAGUGCAGAGCUCGUCGGAAGGUGAAUCUCCCUGAUUAUAAAACCCUGUUGUCUUCCUGCUUUGGGACGUCUCAGGAAUGCUGGACCCGAUUUAGGAAAUGCAUGUAUUCACACAGUGGCCUUGAAAGACCUUUAAUAUUGAUAAUAAGAUGUAAUUUAUAAAGUAUUUUAAGACCAGGUUACAGAGAAACAACCAUAGCAAUGAUUAUAAAGGAAUAAAUUGCCCAUACAGAUAAUAACCUAGUUAUGGUUUUAAAAUUAUUUUUUGCAACGUUCCAUUCUAUUCCAAAUCUCUUAUUUCUUUUAUUUUCCUUCAAUGAUACUUGUGUUUUAUGUCCAUUCACUCCCUCUCUACUUUGUGUUACCGACUAUACUAGCUUAAUAUACCUUUUUUUUUUUUUUUUUUUAAAGCUAUUUUUAUUGGAUAGCUAUUGAUUUCAACUUAUUUUGACAUGUAAAGAUGGACAAGCUUUUGAUUUAAAGGACGUUUGUUUUAGUCCGUGUAUAAGUAUUGGUCUCUUCUCUACAGACGAUUACAGAUUAAUAAACCCAUAAAGAGAAAAGGUUGUGACUCUGUAAUUCUAUAUUUUUUUUGUUUGUUGUGGAAAAUAAAACAUAUGAUCCCGUUG